GGGAUUCCACGUCGAUAUCUGUUUGGAGUCAUCAUCCUCAUAUUUGUCGUUGCGACAGCGCUAGGUCUUGGGCUAGGUCUGACGUUACCGCUAAUAUCACGCAGCAGCGGCCCAGGCGACAUCGAUCCGUACUGCGCAGCUAACCCAGACUUCUGCGUUGGUGGUGCGCUAGGCUCGUCGUACUACACCAGCAACGGCACCUACAAUGGCUCUGGCAUCGCGCUGGCAACCGAGUUCUGGAAUCACCAAGAGCGCAAAAUCAUGACAGUCUACUUCCAACACUGGACUGGUGAGAUUCGCUCGAUACAGCUCACGCCGAAAGGCGAGUGGAUUGGUGGAACAGCAUCUGAAGUCGUCGUAAGCGAUGCGAAGAAUGCGACCCCCAUAUCUGCUGUCUCAUACUCGCUCAAUGAUACCUCACAAAAAGUAAACAGCAACAGCACCAACAUCUGGCAAGACGGCCCACUCAACUCGCUCAAUCUCACUGCCUACGCGGCCCCAAACGUCGGCCUUCAAGCCUGCUGGUACGGCAACUACUACGGCGACUCGGACGCGUCAAAAUUCCCCACCCGCGACGGCAACAACGACACUAUCCCCUUCAGCAACAGCACCCCAGGCAUGCACCUCUGGUACCCGACCGACGAAUCCACAUUUCAGCAGUACGGAUGGUACCAAGGGCAGGACCAGUGGCUCAAGGAAAACACCUGGAGGGACAUGAACGCCCACGCCGGCGUCGGGUGCUAUAGCUGGCAGCCCGGCACCACGACAUACGCGAUGAUGGUCGACAAGCAGGAUACAGCGACCAUCUGGUGGCGCGACACGAACAGUACCCGUAAAGCCACCGACGCGCAUCCCAUCGACAGCUGGGAAAACGUGACGGGCUACGCGAUCCCGGAUCUGUAUCCCAGCAGCUCGCUGGGCUUCACGGAGUACUUCUACACGCAGAUGGCGGACGGAACGAUCGUGGGGCACGAUAUUGACUGGGGUGCUGAGAAGACGAAGGGCGUGGAUGCGAAUGUUUUUACAGUGGGGAGCGCGAAGGGGGCCAUUCCCGGGCUGAAGGGCACGCAUUUGAGUGUCACGGCUGUGGAGGAUCAGUCCGGGGGGACGAGCUUGUAUGUGUUUUACCAGACGAGGGGAGAUGAUUUAAGUGUAUUUACGAGGGAUUUGGAUGGCGGGCAGUGGACGCAGGGGGAGCUGCCGAUUCCG